UUCAACUUGAAGAUAUUUCUGACCAAAAAUUCAGUGAUGCCGACACAGGAUCUAUCAAGCACUGGCAUUGCCCUUGGGGUUACACUGUUAUAGACUGUAUAUUGCCAUCUUAUAAACAGCUAUUGGAAGAGAACUUUUUAUUACUAUCUAAUACGACCUUUGCAGCAGCUGAUAUACAGAUGAAAAAUGCUAGCUGGUGGUCUCAAAGAACCAUGCUUAACAACCGCCUAAACAAAUUGCUGAAAAGCAUGGAAAUUUCAUGGUUGGGACCCUGGGGUUGUUUGCUUUUGGGUGAGCGUUCAGUCCCAGACCGUAUUGAGAAAUUGGUUCACAAAUUAAUCAGUGUUCUGAAAUCUGAAGGAAAAUUUGAAAUAAAUUAUACUCUCAUCAGUGCUAUCAUUGGUGGUGCGAAGUCUGUAGCUGAUGCAGAAUCGUGCAUCAAUCAGUUAUUAUUAUACAAGGGAUAUUUUGGUCGGGGUGCAUGCUGCGGGGAGGAAAGGUUUAGGGCUUUCUCUGCUGUUGCACAGACAGGACUUGCGACUGAGUUCAUUCAUGAUUUAAUAAAAGAAGCAUUAGCUGAAUAUGCAGAACAAGUUGCAAGAGAGCCAGUAAUUAUAGUACUGGAUUCAGAUGUUCAGAUGCUACCAUGGGAAAACCUACCAAUAUUGAGGAGUCAGGAAGUUUAUCGCAUGCCAUCCGUAAGCAGUAUCUUUUUAACACUUGACAAAAGCUGUUCCCAUCACAAAAGAGACAGCGGAUUUGGCACCAUCAUUCCUGCUAUUGACCCUUUAAAUGCUUACUACUUGUUAAACCCUAGUGGAGAUCUCAAUGAUACACAAUUGGAGUUUGAGCAAUGGUUCAGAAACCAAGAGUUGGAGGGGAAAGCUGGAAACCUUCCUGAUACUAAAGAGCUAAUUAUGGCUUUGCAAAAUCAUGAUCUGUUCCUUUACUUUGGUCAUGGAAGUGGUACCCAGUAUAUUCCAGAAAAAGAAGUUCAGAAAUUGCAUCAUUGUGCAGCCACUCUUCUUAUGGGUUGUAGCAGCGGUUCACUUCUGCAUAGAGGGUGUUAUGCUCCUCAAGGUGCUCCUCUCUCCUAUUUGUUUGCUGGUUCGCCUUCUGUCAUUGCGAACCUCUGGGAUGUGACAGACAAGGAUAUUGACCGGUUCGGAAAGGCAUUGCUUAAGUCAUGGUUGCACGAAGAAUUAGUUGCCCUUAGCAAUUCCACUAGGGAUGGUCAGUUAGUGCAACAGUUUAGUUGCAUGAGCAUGGACGACGAUGUGGCUUUGACCUCUGUCAAGACUAGAAGGAAAGUGUACGAUGGAAAGUUGCGUAAUUUAUCUGAUGGCAGCAACCGGGGUUGCAGGAGAAACAGGAUUGCAUCAUUCAUGAGCCAAGCACGAGAUUCAUGCAAACUCCCUAUGCUGAUCGGAGCAUCUCCUGUUUGUUAUGGAGUACCAACAGUUAUAUGGAAGAAAUCACCAUCAUGAAGUGGUCUCCGAGCAAUAUCGCCCUUGUACAUGAAGGAAUAUUCCAGGCAAGCCUAGCCAUUUGGAUGCUGCAUUGUAUGUCUCAAGCCGUAUCAACUUAAGCAGUCGCCUUGGUUUCGGCACUGAGACAAAAAAAAGACUCCUCCGUAUGCACCCUAGCACACUCAAAUUUUACAUACCCUUGUAUACUUAAAGCAUGUUACGAUAAUUGUAGCAUAUUGCAUUGAAUUGUAUAGAAGGUGCUAUUGUUGCUUCCUA